GCCUUGUCCUCUUGCUCACCUCCGUCUUCUUCACGCUUCAUCAGUGCAUGCGACGAUAGCAUUGCCGAGGGCGCGGUAGCCCGGAUUGACUUGCUUGUUUCUUUCCUCAUACCCCAAACGUCCACCAAGCGGCCAUGGCGUAUCUCUUCUACACUUUAACCUUCAUCUUCCUCAUUGUCGCAACAGCCCUGUACGUUACUCGACAUGCUUGGAAGCCAUACGCUCCACCCAUCCCCUACGUAACUGCUCCCGGCACCAUCCCCGAACCGCUCUACAACAUCUCCAACUACAUUUCCAACUACAUCAACUCAUUCCGCUACGUGCAACUACCACAGAGUGCAACGUUCGCCGAAGACGCCGAGGCAGGUCUGCAUUCCUCCAACUUUAACCUUGCGGAGAACAUCGAAGCCGGAGACAGCAGGCGAGGCCUCGAUGAGAAUGCUAAACAGGAAGUGUAUAAGAUCAUGAAGAUCAGACGAGUAGGCUUCGACGAGGCGCGGAGAUUGUACAUCGAAGAGCGGUUUGGGAGGGAAGGUAUUGCGGCAGAUGGGAGGCCGUUGGAUCGGAAAGCUGUCAUGUUUUCCUAAAUCGGCUAACAUUUCGAACAUCUACGGCUC